GAUUAAAGAACCCGGAGCUGAUCGACUCACUCUCUUCUGCGAUGAAAAUCUGAAGGAAACGAUCACCGGAAGUUCAGUCUCCGAAGAAUUAGCCAAAGCUGCAAUUUUCCUGAGAUGUCACUCGACUUUGCUGCUGGUUGUCUGGGAGGGUGCGCUGGUAUUAUGGUUGGAUAUCCUCUUGAUACCAUCAAGGUUCACAUUCAAACGCAAGAUCACAGAAAUCCCAAAUACAAAGGCACCUGGCACUGUUUUCGUUCAAUCCUGGCCAGAGACUCGGUAGCUGGAUUCUAUAGAGGAAUGUCCUCACCAAUGGCCGGAGUUGCUGUAGUGAAUGCAAUUGUUUUUGGAGUUUAUGGGACAAUUCAUAAAAAUUUAUCAGAACCAGACCAUUUGGGAUCCCAUUUUCUGGCAGGAGCUUCAGCUGGAUUGGCCCAAACUCCAAUUUGCAGUCCAAUGGAGUUGGCAAAAACCAGAAUCCAACUACAGUCAUCAAAUACAUUUUCCGGACCCCUACAUUGCCUCAAAGACAUUUACAGAAGAAAAGGCUUCAAAGGAGUUUUUAGCGGUCUCGGCAUCACUUUCCUGAGGGAGAUUCCCAGCUAUGGCAUCUAUUUUUUCACUUACGAAGCCCUCACAAAAUCUUCAGCGGCAUCAGCUAUUUCAACUCUGCAAAUGCUUUUGGCAGGAGGGCUGGCAGGCACCGCUUCCUGGAUUUUCACGUACCCCUUGGACGUCGUAAAAUCUCGACUCCAGGCAGACACUUCCGGGAAAUAUUCGAGUGCUCUGGACUGUUUUCGAAAAUCGAUAAAUUCCGAAGGCUACAAGUGUCUUUUUCGGGGCCUGAAUUCCACAAUCAUCAGGGCCUUUCCCACGAAUGCAGCAACUUUUGCAGUCGUUACCUGGACCUUCAGAUUAUUCAAUCAUCAACCACCGGCCGAGGUUAAACCUGUGACCUCAAAUCGGGUCGUUCCAGCAGCAGAGACUUACGCCACAGAGUGGAACUUAAUGUUGAACAAUUUCGCCAAUCAGGAACUUCAAUUUUCAAGGUCAAAUUAUUCAUCACUGUCCACGUCGAUGGUCAAUAUAUCGAUGCUGGCAGAUGAGAUUAAUAAUCAAGAUCAUGAGGAGGAAUUUGAGACGAAGCAGGAUGAGGAUGUGGAGGAUGAAUGGGCACCAGAGUCGAGAUACAAUGAAUUCAGAAUUGCUGUCACGAGCUGAGAAAUUCGACAAUUAAUCAUUGUUAUUAACUGUUCAAAUUAGGGACUUAAUUUUCAAUUUUAUAUGGAAUUAGAGACCUACUUGGAAUCAGGGAAAUUAUGCAUCUGAUAAAUCAAUUUCUUGUUAAUUAGGCACAUGAAAUAUCAGGUACCUAAAAAUUAGCAGGCUAUUGAAAAUUAGGCACCUGACAAGCCAGAUACCGGAAAAUUGGCAGGCGCUUGAAAAUUAUUCAUAAGAAAUUCCAGAUACCUGAAAAUCGGAUAUCUGAUAAAUCAGGUAGCUGAAAAUUUGUGGACGGAUGAAAAUUAGACAUCUUAAAAAUCAGGAACCUGGAAAUUGUUAGGCUUUUUGAAAAUGAGGCAUCUGAAAAAUCUGGUACCUGAAUAUCUGUAGACUAUUGGAAAUGAGGUUUCGGAUGAAUCAGGUACCUAAAAUUUUGUGUGAUAUUGAAAAUCAAGCACCUGAAAAAGCAGGUACCUGAAAAUUAGUAGACUGCUGAAAAUUAGGUAUCUGAUGAAUCAUAUAUCUGAAAUUUCGCGGAUCACUGAAACUUAGGCAUCUGAAAAAUCAGGUACCUGAAAAUUGGAUACCUGGCAAAUAAGGUACCUGAAAACUUGUGGGCCGUUGAAAAAUCUUAAAAAUCAGGUACCUGAAAAUUGGCAGGCUAUUGAAAUUUAGGCACCUGACACAUCAGGUACUUGAAAAUAGCAGGCUAUUGAAAAUUAGG